AUGAACUCCUCGCCCCAUGGCUCCCGCGCCUCCAUCGACAUCCUGGAGGAGCUCCAGCUGAUUGCCGCGCAGAACCUGGAGAAACUGGACAUCAAUAAAUACUAUGAGGUCGUCCGUGAACUGGGGAAGGGCACCUAUGGGAAAGUGGACCUGGUCAUCCAUAAAAUCAGAGGCACAAAAAUGGCCCUCAAGUUUUUGAGGAAGAAGACAACCAAGCUGAAGAGUUUCCUGAGAGAGUACAGCAUCUCCCUUUAUCUGUCGCCAUGCCCGUUCAUCAUCAACAUGUACGGCAUCGCCUUCGAAACAGACGAGUACUACAUCUUCGCUCAGGAGUACGCUCUGGCAGGAGACCUGUUUGACAUCAUCCCUCCACAGGUGGGACUCCCUGAGUUGGUGGCUAAGCGUUGUGUCCACCAAGUGGCCAUCGCCCUGGACUACCUGCACUGCAAGAAGCUCGUCCACAGGGACAUUAAGCCUGAGAACAUCCUCAUCUUUGACAAAGAGUGCCGGAAGGUCAAACUAUCAGACUUUGGCAUGACGCGGCGCGCUGGAUCUCCGGUGAAACGUGUGAGCGGCACCAUCCCGUACACGGCGCCCGAGCUGUGCGACACCUCGCGGCACGAGGGCUUCUGCGUGGACUACAGCACGGACGUGUGGGCGUUCGGCGUGCUGCUCUUCUGCAUGCUGACAGGCAACUUCCCCUGGGAGAAGGCCAUGCCUAACGACGCCUUCUAUGAGGAGUUUGUCCGCUGGCAGCGUCGUCGGACUGGCACGGUGCCGUCUCAGUGGCGUCGCUUCACAGAUGACGCUUUACGAAUGUUUCGCAGGCUUCUUUCCAUCGAGCAGGAGCGCCGCUGCUCCGUCAAAGAGGUCUUCAGCUACUUCAACCUGUGCUGGAUGCUGGACACAGAGAACGGGAACAGUAGCAGAGGCAGCGGAGGCUUAGCGAGUAACGCGCCUCCUCUGGAAAUCAGCUCGUCUUCGUCUGAAGAAGACGUGCUAGUGGACAGACUGAAGCAGCAGACUCUGUCGCCGGCGUGCGUGGUGCCGAAGGGCAGCAUCAUGAUGGACACCCACUACUCCUCCAUGUCCACCAACAGCUCGCCGUCCUCCACUGGCAGCUACGAUCGAGUCAACAGAGAAAACAACGAGAGAGGACGCAUCCUCGUGGCCACACCCAUCGAGAUCUGCGUGUAG